AUGAGUCCGCUCACUCUGGCAGCCUGGAAUGUUCGUUCCCUUUUAGACCACCCGAGGAGCAACCGACCGGAACGCCGGAGAGCGCUAGUGGCCCGUGAACUGGCGCGCUAUAAACAGGGCAUUGCCGAACUCAGCGAGACUCGAUUCUCCAAGCAAGGCCAGCUGGAGGAGGUGGGUGCGCGCUACACCUUCUUCUGGAGUGGUCGCCCCAGGUCUGAGCAACGAGAUGCAGGUGUCGACUUCGCCAUCCGGAACGACAUCAUGGGGCGACUGCCCUGCCUGCCGCAGGGCAUCAACCGUCGCCUGAUGAGCCUCCAUCUGUCUCUCCGGGGAGGGAGAUCCGCCACCAUCAUCAGCGCCUACGCCCCGCCGAUGACCAGCCCCGACACCGCAAGAGACAAAUUCUACGAGGACCUGCACGCCCUCUUGGCGACUGUGUCGAAGGCGGACAAGUUGAUUGUCGUUGGUGACUUCAACGCCCUCGUCGGCACAGACCAUGCUGCCUGGAGAGGAGUUCUGGGUCCCCAUGGUCUCCGCGACUCAAACGACAGUGGUUUGCUGCUUCUCCGCACCUGCGUAGAACACUGUCUUAUCCUGACGAACACCGUUUUCUGUCUGCCGGAGCGAGAGAAGGCCACCUGGAGGCACCCUCGGUCGCACCAAUGACACCUACUGGACUAUGUCCUCGUCCGGAGGCGAGACCAGCGAGAUAUGCUGGUGACAAAGGCGAUCGUCGGCGCUGAUGGGUGGACCGACGAUAGCCUCGUCAUCUCGAAGACGCGUAUUCGCUUACAGUCUCGCAGGAGACCACAAGGUAAGCGACUCCCAGGUAAGAUGAACAUUACCUUGUUGUCUAUGCCCGCUCACCAUCUUCAUUUCAGCAAUGAGCUGACUCAACGGCUUAUCAACGUUCCCAUCGCUGCCGCUGCCGCCGCCGACGCCUCCGACGCUGCCGAGAACGCCUCCGUGGAGAACCGAUGGUGUCAACUGCGGGACACGGUCCAGUCAACGGCACUAGCCGUCCUCAGUCGCGCACGCCGCCAACACCAGGACUGGUUCGACGACAACGACGCCGUCAUCAGCAACCUGCUCGCCAAGAAGAACCGCCUACACAAAGCCUACGUAGAUCACCCCACUGAGGACAACAAAGCUGCCUUCUACCGCAGUCGCCGACAGCUUCAACAACGACUGCGCGAGAUGCAGGACGCCUGGACUGCUCGCAAAGCUGAGGAGAUCCAAGGAUGCGCGGACCGUAAUGAGUGGAACAACUUCUUCUCCGCGAUCAAAGCUGUCUACGGUCCGCCGACGAAAGGCACCGCUCCUCUCCUCAGUGCCGAUGGCAGUACCCUCAUGACCGAGAAGAAACCAAUUCUGCAGCGAUGGGUCGAGCACUUCCGAGGCGUCCUCAACCGCCCCUCCACCAUCUCCGACACCGCAAUCGCCCGCUUGCCGCAAGUGGAGACCAACGUGGACCUCGACCUCCCACCAUCUCUCCAGGAAACCGCCAGGGCCAUGCAGCAGCUCUCCAGCGGGAAUGCGCCCGGAUCGGAUGCGAUCCCUGCUGAGGUAAUAAGCACGGUGGUCCCCUGCUCAUGGAUCACCUGACUGCGCUCUUCCAGGAGAUGUAGCGUCAAGGCGAAGUCCCGCAAGAUUUCAAAGGCGCAACAAUCGUUCAUCUCUACAAGCGAAAAUGGAACCGCCAACUCUGCGACAAUCACCGCGGCAUCUUCUUGCUGAACGUCACCGGGAAGAUCUUCGCUCGCAUUCUCCUCAACCGUCUCAAUAAUCAUCUGGAACAGGGCCUUCUACCGGAAAGCCAGUGCGGCUUCCGUCGUCAUCGUGGGACCACGCAUAUGAUCUUGGCCGCCAGUCAACUUCAGGAGGAGUGCAAGGAGAUGCGGACUCACCUGUACUCUACCUUCGUGGACCUGACGAAAGCCUUCGACAAGGUGAAUCGUGAAGGACUGUGGAAGAUCAUGCAAACAUUCGGCUGUCCGGAGCGAUUCACUCAGAUGGUGCGUCAGCUGCACGACGGUAUGAUGGCGCGAGUCACGGACAACGGAGCUGUCUCAGAGGCAUUCGCAGUGACCAAUGGAAUGAAACAGGAAUGCGUGCUGGCGCCUAACAUGUUCAGCCUUAUGUUCUCUGCCAUGCUGAUGGACGCCUACCGUGAUGAACGCCCCGGGAUCCGCAUCGCCUACAGGACGGGCCAUCACCUUCUGAAUCAACGGCGGAUGCACUUCCAAUUGCGCGUAUCCACAACCACCGUUCACGAGCUUCUUUUCGCCGACGACUGCGCCCUGAACACCACCUCCGAGGAGGACAUGCAACGGAACAUGGCCCUCUUCUCUGCCGCCUGCGAGAACUUCGGUCUGGUCAUAAACACGCAGAAGACGGUGGUCAUACACCAACCACCACCCAACACAGCCACUCCUCCAAACGCGCCGUAA